UGACUCUGGAGACUAUCGCUACAACCAGCCUGCAGUGGCAGGUCUAUGUACCUCACAGUAUACUCCAUCAAGCCGUCCAUGUGGGGACAUUUACAGUCCCAAACCUGAAGAAUUUUCUUGCAAGAAUCCUUCAAUCGCCUCUCAUUCAAGAGAAAAUCAAAGGUUUCAUGGAUACACAAUCCCAACAAAAUGGUUCUGUAAACGAUAUACUCUUCUCACCAUAUAUCCAAGGACUCCAGGACAUUAAUGGUGGCCAAUUUGUUCGAUUCGAUGACCAUCAUCUUCACAUAUGCCUAGGACUUUACCUGGAUUGGUUUGCACCUCGUGGAAAUCGAUUAGGUGCUGCACAUUAUAGUACAGGAGUGAUGUAUCUCAUCAUUCUCAACCUCCCACCAGACAUACGGCAUCAUAGUGACUAUCUCUGCCCUAUUUUCAUUCCAGGCCCUCAAGAGCCAACAACUGAUGGGCUGAAUCACUUGCUUGGACCGAUUGUUUCACAACUCGACAGGCUCUUCCAUGAAGGGUUCACUUUGCGAGGAAAUUGUACCCCAGCCAUAGCAUCAAGGAAAGUUAGAGCUAUGCUUGCAAUUAUUAUCGCAGAUGUACUGGCCGAGUGCAAAUGUGGAGGCUUUGCAUCUCAUGCACAUCAACAAUUCUGUCAUCACUGCCGCAUACAACGUUCCCAAAUGACAGAGAAUUUUGAUGCUGGUUCAUGGAAGAGAAUAAACCGAGAAAAGCACCUAAAUGCCAUAAAACUAUGGCGAGAUGCAAGAUCUGUCGAGCACCGAAAGAGGAUAUUUGAUAAGUGGGGGUUCCGGUGGACAGAACUAGCACGGCUCAAAUACCUCGAUUUAACAAAAUGCUUUGUCAUUGAUCCUAUGCAUGCAGUUUUACUAGGUGUCAUUCGAACUCACAUACGGCAAAUAUUUGGCCUCACUGACCGUGUCGAGUCUUCUCAGACAAAGGUCAGCACUACCAAAGUAUUUCCACAGGAGGAAUUGAGGGGAGAGGAAAUCCUUUCACGACGCUACUUAAAUUCAAAACUAUUGGAUAUUUUGGCUGGCUUCCAUUCACCUACACUGGAAUUCUUAUGUCGUCAAAGAAACAUUGACUUCCUAGACGUGCCACUUCGUUCAGGAAAGCCAAGAAAGGUUGACAUGGUUGCAUCUCUUGGACGAUGGAUAGACUGCAGUGAAAUAGAUGGUAUUCUGGAAGUCGAAUCUCUGUCCAGAAAUGAAAAGAGUCUGCGAUUGAAUUUGCAGCCUGUACAAGAGCUGUAUCGUGCUUGUGAAGACCGUGACAUUAAUAUGUCAUAUCUGACCUAUCGCAAAGAUUUCCCCCCCAAGGGAAAUAUGAUUGAGCUGCUUCUUUCAGGAAGACCGAAGCAAUCCCAAGUUUCCUCAAGUACACUUUGGAGACAGGCCCAUCAAAGAAGGAGCACUGAGUCAUUAGUUGAUUCUCAAAAUGGCAUGGAACUCGAAGAGAACGAACUGGACCCCAGUUCUGAGAUUGUGAUUAACAACAAGUUCCUAAAGAUUAUCUGGGAUGACAUUAGCAUGAUGAAGUUCCCUCCAGAUUGUACCGACCUCCCUCCACACAAAAUUGGACUCCCUAGCACUGGGAAGCUAAAGGCAGCACAAUGGCCUAAUGUAUGCAUUGGACUUAUACCAAGCUUGACGAAAGAAUGGACACGGUACCCUGAAGGCAGUGAUCAACAAAAAUGGCUCCAAAACUUCUAUCAUCUUAUUGGCCUCACACGACUUCUGUAUUUGCACUCAGUUACCGAAGAUGACAUCAGAAACUUCAAAAGACAUAGCGUAGAAUAUGUUAAAGGAUACCACGAACUCUUUCCAUCCCAUCGAAUGAAGCCAAAUCACCAUUACCUAUUGCACCUUGGUGACAUGAUGCACUCCUUCGGACCAAUGCGCUCAUGGUGGUCGUUUCCCUACGAGAGAAUGAACGGAGAUAUCCAGAAGAUUAGCACAAACAGUAAAGCAGGCCAAAUUGAAAAAAGCUUCCUCCAGUCGUUCCUCUAUCGUCAGCAAUUGGGCGAAUUAUUGAAUCGAGAGCCGCUAAGCCAGUUUGCAAGGCUCGCCAAGCAACGUCUUCAAGCCAAUCUUGACUUGCAUAGCUUUCACUCGCUUGAUUGGGACCCACAAGAUUUAAUCUCACCAUCCUCCUUUGAACUUUUAAAACAAAUCGGGGUGAACCGAGUCGGCAUAAGGGCGCUGGAUGCUCUUCGACCUUAUGUGGUAGCAUUGCAGUCUGUCAUCGUACAAGGAAAGGACUACCGUCCUUUUUCAAUAUCGGAGUCGCAUGGAUUUGCCGGAUAUAUGGAGAAUGGUUAUGAUUUUGGGGCGGGCUACAUACAGGAGAUCUUCCAAUACCACUGGGAACCAGAAGGACCGUUGGAAACGUUCGUAGUGCUUGAGGCAUUGCAGCCUUCUCCAGUCCAACCAUUCUCAGCUGCUCCAGAGGUCGGAGCUAGGUUAUUUGAGCGAGUGGAAGGCACAAGAACCAUCUUCUUGGCCGAAAACUUAUGUUCGGUCAUAUGGGCCCCUUGGUCGGAUGAAAAAAUCGUAGUGUUUCUGCCUAAAGAGAUAUAUGUUAGACGUCGCAUUUGA